UACUGGCCAAUGGGAGCAGAGCUGGUCUACUAUAAAAAAACAUCUCAAGAUCAUCUCCCAUCAGAGCCGCAGGAUAGUUGGUGUAAGCUCCAACAACCGGAAAAAUAGGGAUCUUUGUAUCAUCCACUAGUAGUAGUAGUCAACAGCAGCAACAAACGGGAUCAGCCAUGCCGUUCGGUAAUACCCACAACGCGAUGAAGCUGAAGUACGCUUCUGACAAGGAGUACCCAGACCUGAGCCAGCACAAUAAUCACAUGGCCAAGGUGAUGACUCCGGCCAUGUACGAGCGCCUGAGGAGCAAACAAACGCCCAGUGGAUUUACAGUGGAUGAUGUCAUUCAAACCGGGAUUGAUAACCCAGGCCACCCGUUCAUCAUGACGGUGGGGUGCGUGGCUGGGGACGAGGAGACCUACGAGGUCUUCAAGGAGCUCCUGGACCCCAUCAUCGAGGACAGACAUGGAGGGUACAAGCCCUCAGACAAGCACAAGACGGACCUCAACCCAAGCAACCUGAAGGGUGGUGAUGACCUGGAUUCCAACUACGUCCUCAGCUCUCGCGUGCGAACAGGCAGGAGCGUCCGAGGGUUCUGCCUGCCACCCCACUGCAGCCGUGGAGAGAGAAGGGGUGUUGAGACACUCUCCAUUGAAGCCCUGGACUCCCUGUCAGGCGAUCUGAAGGGGAAGUACUACGCUCUGAAAAACAUGACAGACGCAGAGCAGCAGCAGCUGAUUGAUGACCACUUCCUGUUUGAUAAGCCUGUGUCUCCCCUGCUGCUGGCUUCAGGGAUGGCCCGCGAUUGGCCCGAUGGCAGGGGCAUCUGGCACAACGACACCAAGACCUUCCUGGUGUGGGUGAACGAGGAGGAUCACCUCCGCGUCAUCUCCAUGCAGCAGGGCGGGAACAUGAAGGAAGUGUUCAACCGUUUCUGCACUGGGCUCACCAAGAUUGAGACCCUGUUCAAGGAUAAGGGCCACUCAUUCAUGUGGAACGAGCACCUGGGCUACGUGCUCACCUGCCCCUCCAACCUGGGGACUGGGCUCCGUGCCGGAGUCCACGUCAAGCUGCCCAACCUCAGCAAGAACGCCAAGUUUGAGGAGGUGCUCAAGAGGCUAAGGCUGCAGAAGCGUGGGACAGGUGGCGUGGACACGGCUGCUGUGGGUGGAGUGUUUGACAUCUCCAACGCUGACCGCUUGGGCUUCUCUGAGGUGGAGCUGGUCCAGAUGGUGGUGGACGGAGUCAAGCUGCUGGUGGAAAUGGAGAAGAAGCUGGAGAAGGGCCAGUCGAUCGAUGACAUCAUGCCCGCCCAAAAGUGAACAUUUCAGAUUCCUGCCCUUCCUCAUUACCCCCCCCCCCCCAUGUCAGUUGAAUGAAUGUGUGACACUAUCCUGGAAUGCACAAUGUAUUAAAGGAGCACUUAUUGGGAUCUAAACAUGAGAAUAAACUGUUUUGAUCCAUA